AUGGAUAGAAAAGAACUUAUGGAAGGUUAUGAACAAGAUAGGGAAUGCGAAACAUUUCCUACAAAAAUAGUGGCGAUUUUUUUCGCACAAUUUCAUCCAGUUCAAGGUCCUCAAAUUGUUUAUCAAGUGCCGCCUAAUGCGAUUACAUUGGAGGAAGAAGUCGUGGAUAAAGAACCUUUAUUUGAAUUUGAACCUAUAUCUGAAUAUAUUAUACCUAAACGAAAACUUUGUGAUCGAGUUGUAGCGAUUUGUACAAAUGGAUAUAGAAUUUUAGGACAUCCUAUAUGUAUUGUUGAUAGGACUUAUGAAAGGAACGCGUUGAUAUUUAAUUGUGCCCUUGUAUUUAGAGAGAAGGAUGAUAGUUCAUGUUAUGUUCCUGUAGUUAAACGAUUAGCAAAAGUGUUUAAAUCAUUAGAAGAACAGGGAAAUUUUAUAUCUAAACAAAAAAAAAGGAUGAUAAUUUAUAAUAUUAUUGAACAGAUAAUGGAGGAUUUGAAUAAUUAUUGUGAAUGUAUGAUACCAAUUGAUGAAACAAAUACAAUCAAUAUUAAAUUGUUUCCAACGUUUUCAAAUCCACCAAAAGUAUUGCCUCAUCAGGUUCCUAUACUUACAGUUCAAUUGGAUUUAUUAAUGAAUGUAAAUUGGGAUCUUACUGUUCGAAAGAUUGUUCCAUUUAUUGAUGGGAUAAAUUCUGUCAGAAGAAUUACUGAGUUGACAAAUACAGAUUAUAUGUUUGUUUGUCGAUGCAUGGAACAUCUUUUAUAUUAUGGGUGUUUGAUUAUGGUCGAUAUUUUUAAAUUUAGCAAUAUGUAUGCUCCAACACCAAACAUUAAUAUGUUAAUUGAAGAUUCGGCACUUCGAGAAGAAUGUCUUGCAUAUAUUUCUACACGACAUGAUAUUUCUUUAUCUUUUGCAUUUGUUUUUCAUUUAUAUUGUUCUUUGCGACAAGGAAUUACAUUAAAAGAUUGGAUUAUUGAAAAUAGAUUAUCAUUAAGUGGAAUCGAUAUACGUCGUUUUAUAUCUUUUGGGAUCAUAAAAGGAUUCUUAUAUAGAAUUCAUAGAUAUCCUUUUUUAGCAGAGCCAUAUAAUUCCCAAAAUAUUGAUGAAUCAUUGCUGAAAUAUUUAGAUGGUACACAUAAUAUGGAUGAGAUUUGCACUGAAACUAAAAAAUCAGUAAAAGAAGUUAAAGCUGAUUUAGAGACCUUGGGAAAAAUAAAUUAUAUAUAUCGCUAA